CUCCCAGCAAUGCUGCACCACAAGAGCUUGAUAGCCCUCCGCAAGAUCCCAGCGGCGAUAGCAAAGGGCCCAGGCUGCAGGCCGCGAUCGCGCCAGUCGCGCGCCAUCACGAUCGGCACGCCGGGGCCGCGAGAUGCCGACCGGCCAGGUGGAGCACCGAUCGGGCUACCCCCGCCCGGCGAGCGGGGGUGGCCUCUUUCCGCGAGCUCGUCGAGCCACCCGUUCGCGGACAUGAUACCCCCCGAGGGAUUCUCGACGGACGCGGGCGUCGACUCGCCCCUCACGGCGUCGACGUCUAGGCUCGCCGAGUCGAUGUCCGACUCCGCGGACCCGGAAUCGACAGGCCUCGCGGUCGCUCCCGUGUCUCUUCCCACACCGUCUGGCGUUACGACCCGCCGUACGCGCCACCCAUUCGACACGCACGCGUUCGUCUCGUCGCUGGAGCGCGCCAAUGUCGACUCGGAGUCGGCCAAGGCGCUGAUGGAGGCGGCGCGCGGGCUCAUCACACGCCGGGCGGACCGCGCCACAGGCAACAUGCUCAGCAAGGAGGAGCUGGAUAAUGAGGUGUAUCUCUUCAAGGCGGCCCUGUCAAAACUAGGGACCGAGUUCAAUGUGCGCACGAGAAACGCUGGUAUCGCGGCCCGCGACGAUCUCAGCGCCAUCCGCCGUGAGCUUGACGCAGUGGAGAUCAAGAUGGCCGAGGAGAUGCAGAUUCUCAAGCAUGAUAUCGAGAUUGAGGUCAACGACCGCAAGACCGAGACGAGAUCCGAGAUCAAGUCGUUUGACAUUGCCAUCGAGGAGAUCAACAACCGCGCGACCAUCUCGGUUGGGGACCUCAAGACGGAGAUUGAGAGCGCCAAGUGGGAGGCAACGAGACGAGCUAUCACAAUCAUUGUCGUUCUUGUCAUCUGCGGUGUCGGCAUCUCGUCGCUCACCAUCCCCGACACGGCGGCAGUCGAGCCGCCCAAGCCUGCGCCACCACCUCCAGCUACCAGGGACAUUGGUAUCGGGCCGGAAGAAGAUCCAUUCGACUACGAGGCGCGGAUUGAGAAGCUUCUCAAGGCUGUUCCACCACCUCCUCGCAAGGAGCGCAAGGAGCGCCGACCAAAGCGCGAAGAGAUCUUUGUGGACCGGAUCUAAUGCAUGCAAGGUCGGGAGGCGAACCAUUAUAGUAAACUACAUAGAUAUUAGAUGCACUUCUUGUG